GAGAAGAAGAAAGUAACAAAACUCUAGAACAAGAGGUUCUCACAGAGGAUCUAAACAUAGACAUGAACCAAACAGAAGAAACUUCUUUACCCAACUCUGAGAAGACUUUAACCAACUCAGAAAAGGUUAGGGAAGAGGAGACAGUAAACCUCACAAUGAUGGAAGAAGACUCAGAAGUUCCCAACAAUAAAACUCUCAGUGAUGUGGACAAAGAAAACGGCCCCAUUGUCAAUGCUUCUAAAACUACAGUU